AUGGCCGAUUCCCAUGACAACGGGCGUCGCGAGCGACCAUUGCUAUUCUCCGUGAACCGGAAAUUGCGCCAUGUGCAGAGCCUAUCAAUCCGAAAUCUAUCUAUCACGCCACCAAACCGCGCUCGCGGUAAGACGAUUGAUGACGAUGACAUUCCUUACGCUCUGGAAACUCCGGUCAAGCUUGCCAGCCAGGCGCAAAAUCGAAGUAUCAUUCAAUCUCGCUCUUACACGGAUCUCAAAUCAGCAUCUUCUCAGAAGCAACCCGUGAACGGGGAGCAAGAGCAGGAUGACAAACGAGUAAAAGAAUCGCGCCGUAUGCGCCGAAGGAGCACUUUACCAUGGAGCGGAGGAAAUUUGGAGAGUCGUCAAACGAAACUGGAGGAUAUCGCUCGUAGUAGGAUGGCCGAUGUCUGGUUUUCCAUUCACUGCGAUGGCAUUGAUAGCCCCGUGUACAUCAGUGAAGUGGUUGAGAGAACAACAAACCCGGACUUCCGCGUGCUUGAUCUCAACGUGUGCGGUCCGCAUGUCUCCAGGAUGGACCAAUUGACAGUCAAAGUAUGGGUCAAAUCAGAGAACAUGAACGAUUACACGCUUCUGCUCGAGCUUCAUUUAAGUCUCAGGUCUCUGCAAUUUGUUGGCAAAUCACUAGAGACUUUCCAUCAUCCACUUCCCCCAAAUUGCGUCUUGUUUCAUUUUGCAGACGGAGUAUUCACAAACCUCACUGACUUUCCACCCUCUCAGACUAAUUUUAGCAGUUUUUCAAGCGAGAAAUCUCAGGCUGAAACUCAGAGCACGUCUUCAUACGAUGCAUUGAUGCGAUUGGCCAAUCUAGAUGACUGUAUACAGGAUGCAUUGGCAACCAGGGAGAAGCUGGAAUCUCAAAUAAAUGCCAUACUGAAGAAGCAUCAGAAAAACUUAGAGCUUCUUUGCCAAGUAUCUCAGGCUGAAGAGAGGGCGGCCUUGAUUAAAAGAAGCCUCGCCAAUGAGAAAAAGCAAGUUCGCUGGACUGCGAAACGGAAGGACGAAUUGAUUGACAGUCUCAAGACACGGCGGGAGUCAAUGGCUCUUGGCCGUGAGAAUCAGAACAAGAUACGCACUCACUUAUCAGAUGCGCAGCUGAAAUUGUCUUCAAGUGCCUCUUUGCUGGAGCAGAAUCAAGAAGAUACGAAAGGCCAGAUACGGCGUAUCUGCGAGGACUUGCUCACAAUAUAUCCGAUCGAGCCUAUUUCCGACAAAGUAUUGGCCUUUACUAUUGCUGGAUUGUAUCUCCCCAACUCCCGAUUUGACGAUAUCGACCGGGAGUCGGUAGCAGCAGCUCUCGGUUACAUUGGUCAUCUUGUUUAUUUAUUGUCAUUCUAUCUUUCAGUCCCUCUACCUUACCCUCUCAAACCAUAUAUGUCGAGCACUUAUAUCCAAGAUCCGGUAUCGUCAGGACUCUCGCGCCGAACAUUCCCGCUGUACCCAGUCAACGUCCAAUAUCGGUUUGAGUACGGCGUCUUCUUAUUGAACAAGAACAUCGAAGUCGUUAUGAACCGCUUUGGUCUCCGGGUCCUCGAUAUCCGACAUACUCUACCGAACCUCAAAUACCUUCUCUACGUCUUGACAGCUCGAACAAACGAGCUCCCUGCCCGAAAAGCGGGAGGCGUCCGAGGUCUUCUUCUUGGGCGAGGUACACCGACAAUGUCGAGACAGAACAGUCAGGACAGCUUUGCAAGCAGUGAAAUCAUCAUGCCGCAUCGUAUGCCGUCCGAAGUGCAUACUCAGGCAACUAUAGCCAACAACGACGCUAGUAAGGGCCAAUCGUCGUAUUUGGGAAAGCAGUCUUUCUUAACCCCAGUCAUGCCUGGGACUGCAACGGAGGUUGGUAAUGUUCGAUAAAUUGCUACAAUUGGGGUUUGCUAGACAGGUAGAGAUUAUAAUUUGUAUAUACGCUU